AUGCCCGAGCUUCGGGACGUGAGCGAUUUGGAUCACCUGGUUGAAAUUGCCUUGCUGGGCGUCGACGAUGCGACGGCCGCCGCCAACUUUGAGACCGCGGUGCACUUUUGCAUGGGCAGCACGUUCAAGCGCGUCGACAACACCAUCCACAUCAUCGCCCACAAGUACCUGUAA